AAAAAAAUAGCAAAUAAAUGGAAAGGCUCCAAAUAAAAUUAAACCGAGGCAAACAGCUCUAUUCUCUCUCCAUUCUUCGUCUCUCUCAAUCUCUCUCGAUUUGAUUAGAAUCUCAAGCUCAAGUGAAAAGGGUCUUCAAGAUUUGUAGUAAUUUGCACCACCCAGAUCUUCCAAUCUUCAUUCAUCUUCGGAUUCGUUUGCUAAAGAUCUCACAUCGCUCUCCCACUCCCGCACGUCAAUCUCAUUUUCGCAGAGAGCACCUCAGACACCGCUUUGAUUUCUCAGCCGCCUGUCCUCCGUGUUUCCGACGAGCCACCGCUGCCGCCUUCCUUCUCCGGCAACUGAUUUCUCCUUACUCGUGCUUUGUAUAUUGAGUGGAGUUUGCUUUUACGGCCUGGAGAUGGAUUUGCAGACGGAGAACAAGAUAGCUGCAAUUCUUAUGAAAGAAGCAGCUGAAUUGCGGCGACAGGCUGAGAAAGAUGGUGUACAUGCUUACCUGCGUCAGCCCAAUGUCAGGGGUAGGCCAAAUUCACGGUUUCUUACUGCAACUGUUCUGGGUGUUCAACAAGCUAAUCGAGCUGUGGAAGUUAAUGAGAUGUGGAGAAUACGACAAAAAGAACAGGAGCUGGAUAGUAGGUUACAAAGGAGACAGAGAGAUCUACGCAGCUCAGAUAGGAGCUACAGGGAGCAAGAAAUGGAUGAUGGGUUAAAAAGAAAAUGGAGUGAUCAAAGCAGCAGUGGUAGGAGCUACAGAGAUAUUGAGGUGGAUGAUAGGCAGAAAAGAAGACGGAGUGAUGAAAGCAGCAGUGGUAGGAGCCCCAAAGAUAAGAACCAUGAUGGUGAAAUGUCAAACAGAAGUAACCAGAGGUACUCUUUAUCUGAAGAAGGAUUGAAAGAUGAUGAGAUCGAGAACUUUCUGCAUUCAAGGGUCAAACGUGGGAGGGGUGCUGUCGGGUCACGAAUGGAUGAGACAGGGCCAUAUCUUCCCCCUUGCCAAGAUUCCACUUUGGAACACUUCUCAUUCGUUGACAUGGUCUCUACUAAAGAAAGGGACCGUAGUGCUAUUCUUGGUCCAGAAAAGCCUUCACAGUUAGUUUCCUGGAGCUCUUCUGAUGAAGAUUCUGUUCAGGAAAAACAUAAAAAGUCAAAAAAAGUCAAGAAGGCUAGCUCCAGUGAGCGCAGUAGGAAGCACAAAUCAAAAAGCAAGUCCAAGGAUAGGAACAAGAAAAAAAGGAAGGAGGAGAGACGACAUAGAAAACACAAGUAAGAGUUGUUUUUAAUACCCAUAUCCAACUCGGUUUGAAGUGUCAACUUUGGUGGAUAUAAAUGUUAUUUGUCCAUAUAAAAUGUAUUGAUGUAUUACUAGGUUCUUUGUAAGAUAUGCUUAUCAACGCGAUGCCAUGGAGCUAUUUGAUCUAGGACUUGUUUGAUUUCAAAUUAUUAACAUUUUUCAUGCAUAAUUUCGCUAGUAGUCACCAGUCGGGAUGAUAUUGUAUUGUUAAUGCACUUGGUUAUUAAAAGUAUAAACAGAAACAUUUUUUUUUUU